CUGCCGCCGCGUGCCGACAAGUUCGGCACCUGCAGGGAAACGGCCCAUGUCCUUUUGAGUACAAGUCGGAUGAAGUACUCUCCGACUCCGUUUUCAAGGCCCAUAAUACGAUGCGCGAGAAGAAGCAGAUCGGAUACGUGGCCCUACAAGCGGUCAACGACGACCGGGUCACCCUUGAAGUCACCCUUGUGCGCAGACAGCACAACCAGCCGGAGAAGAAGGUAAAGGUCAGCGCCGCGUCGGUUCAGUUACUGCGCAUCGCCUGCGAAGGAGGCUCCUCAGCCGCCGUGUCCGAGACGGGUAUUGCGACCAUGGUCGGCCUGAAUGCUCACAUUCCUGUCGGAGUGCUCAGGCAGCCGGAUAAGCCCGAGAUCGUGCUGUACGCUCCACGAACCUGUGCCGACCACCCCGCACCAUGGGUGACGGCGCUAGCACUUGGGUACCGCAAACUGGACAAAGAACGAGAACUCGGUCAUCCGCUUCCACAACUUCGGCCACAGGACCGAGUUCCGACCUUGAAAGCUGACGGAACCAAGGAUCUUGAUUGGCUUGUCUUUGAGGAGGAAGACGGCGUGAUCUCUCCGCGCAAGAUCACAGCGUCCGACCUCCCCUGGCCCAGCCCCGCGAUGCCUGGCGCUUCGCGCUCUCCUUACCGCUUGCGCUCGCGUCCUCGUGCCAUUGGCGAUGGCCCUAUGGCAGCCGCUCGUGCUCUUGAGACGCUCACGGUCUCAGAAGGGACGUCUGCCCCGAGUACGCCGACUCCAUCUUCGCGCAGGAAAUAUCGGCCGCAGUGAAUCGUGUCGUAUGGCCGCCAGCCGCCAGAUGACCGUUCCGUACUUCACCUCUUAGCGGAUGAUCCCCAGCACCAGACCAACUUCCGCCCCGUGUGCGGUAACGAUAACAAUAGUGACCGCGCACCCCUGUCCACACCACACCAUAUAUGCCUGCGCGCCACGCUGGCGUCAGUCGAGCAUGAUCUCGCAGGACGUCACCUUCCCCCUCCUUGUAGCACUGGCCGUUGCUUGCCCGCACCGCAGAGCCCGACGACGUCGGCAUCGCCGCAAUGUGUAGGUGAGAACCACGUCGUA